AUGACGAUCAGAGCUAGCAGAUUCACACCUGAAGUGCUCUUGGAAGCACCCCGCCGUUCGGAGGGCGUUCCAAAUUCCAAUGCAUCAAGAGUUUUAUACUCCGUCUCGACAUACAGCUUCUCUGAGCAUUCGAAGAAAUCUGAGAUCCGUGUUCUGGAUUCAGCAAGCCAACAAACCAGUCUCGUCACAGAUGAUGCAUCCUUCAGCGAACCUUCGUGGCUAGAUGAUGAAACCAUAUUACUAUUGAAGUCCAAUGACGAUGGGACUACAAACAUAGUCGUUGGAUCUCCAGACAACUUCGAGAAGAGCAAACACACUGCUGGCACGAUACAAGGACCAGUAAGCGACUCCAAGAUCUAUGCUCUUGGUGGCGGCGUCUUUGGUCUCGCUGUCGUUGGCAAAGCCAAGCCAGAUGGCACACUUUUCAACCCAGAGAAGGCCGAGAAACCUCACUCAUCAGGCAAGCUGUACAAGUCUGGGUUCGUUCGCCACUGGGAUCAUUACGUGACAGAGAAUCGGAACACGAUAUGGCUUGGCAAGCUUCAGCAGAAGAAAUUGGAAAAGUCUCAUGUCUUCGAGCUUGGACAUCCUCUAACGAAUGCGCUGAAAGGGACGAAGCUGGAGUCACCAAUCGAACCCUUUGGUGGGAAAGACCACUUCGACAUAUCGAAAUACGGUCUCGUGUUCACAUCGAAGGAUCCUGAUCUUAAUCCCGCGACGCACACGAAAACCAACAUUUAUGUUUCCGCAUCUGACAGCUUCUGGGAUGAUCUCCACUCAAAAGACAUGCCGGAAAUCCAAAAGGCUACCAUCGAAGGCUUUGAAGGUGCCAGCACGUCUCCAGUCUGGUCAAACUCGCGCGGUAUGAUCGCGUUCCUUUCCAUGAAAACUGAUGGGUACGAGUCAGACAAGAACCAACCGUUCAUUAUCCACGAUUAUAAGAAACCGUCGCAAGUCACUCUGCUCUACGGUUCUGAGGAUGGUAAAGGAAAGUGGGACCGAAGCCCACAGUCCAUAUCGUGGAGCCCCGACGACUGGCGCCUCUACUUUACCGCAGAGUCACAUGGUCGUGGAAACCUGUACAGCGCCGGGCCUCCUAAACCAAGCGGAGAGAAGGAGCCUCUGCCAUCGCUUCUUGUAAAGGGGGGAACGAUCGGCUCUGCAAAGGUGCUCAAAAAUGGCGACGUUUUCGUGACUUCGACUAGCUUGAUUGAGAACUCACUAUACUCCCUUGUCCCUCUAAGCGCUCAAAGCAGCGAUACGACUGUCUACGAUCUUCCUAUUGAUGAUAGACCGUAUGAUGCGGAUCCUGAUCAUCUGACAACCAAAUACAUCUCUUCGAACACGCGUUCUGGGUCUAUGUUUGGUCUGUCACGCCAUCAGAUCGAUGAGAUCCAUUGGGACGGUGCCGCAUCCGGCACCAAGGUUCAUGCUUGGGUUGUAAAGCCCAGCAAUUUCUCGUCCAAGAAAAUUUAUCCGCUCGCCUUUCUCGUUCAUGGCGGACCGCAAGGUGCAUGGACUGAUGGAUGGAGUACGCGGUGGAAUCCUGCCGUAUUCGCAGAGCAAGGCUACGUUGUCAUUUGCCCGAACCCUACUGGAAGCACAUCUUACGGCCAAGCCUUCACAGAUGCCAUCCAGGGCCAGUGGGGUGGUCUGCCGUACGAAGACCUUGUGUUGGGCUUCGACUACAUCAAGCAGAACGUCAAUUACGUUGACACAAAACGCGCCGUUGCCCUCGGUGCCUCCUAUGGCGGGUAUAUGAUGAACUGGAUUCAAGGACACCCUCUCGGCCGCGAAUUCAAAGCCUUGGUAACCCACGAUGGUGUCUUUAGCAUGUCCGGCCAGAUGGCAUCUGAAGAGUUGUACUUCCCUUUCCAUGAUAUCAAAGGCACACUCUGGAAUAACCCGGAAAACUGGGCCAAGUGGGACCCGUCCAGGUUCACGGAAAACUGGGCCACACCGCAGCUCGUAAUUCACAGCGAAUUGGAUUACAGGCUAACGAUCAGUGAGGGUUUGGCGGCAUUCAACGUGCUGCAGUGUAAAGGAGUAGAGAGCCAGUUCUUGACGUUCCCAGAUGAGAACCAUUGGGUGCUGAAGCCCGAGAAUGGGCUCGUUUGGCAUAAAGUUGUUUUGGACUGGAUCAACGAGCAUGUCGGAUUGGAGAAGUACACGGAGGCCCAGAAGGUGAUCAAGAAGGAGUAG